AUGGCGGACAUCGAGCAGAGUGCACCCACCACGCCGCGAAAGCCCACCGAGAAGCUCGCACCGUGCUCGCCUCUACUUUGGGUGCCCUCUCCUGCCCGUGCUCGCACCACCCCGCCAGCUACGCCAGAACCCAAGAAGGAGACUGUGAGGCCUGAGGAGGCGGCGCUGUUCCAGGUUCCGAGCCCCCUGCGGGUGCGAGAGCCUCCCGUGGCGCGCGUGCGCAAGAUGGCCAAGGGCUGCGCGGUGGUUCUGAUCCGCGACCACCGGGUCACGGAGCUGGCCGUGGCCAUGGCCGUGGCGGUGGUGGACGGGGUCUGCGUGGAGCUGCGCCGCCACAGCCGGCGCAAGCACGAGGUGGAGGAGUCGGGGAUCUUCGUGGCAUGGGGCCACCGAGUGGAGCGCCGCGCCACGGUGAGCGAGGAGGGCCUCGAGGCUUUCUUCAACGGCCUCGCCGGGGUCCGCACGCCCGAGGCUGUAAGGAUCCAGGCGCCGUUCCAGGAGUGCCUGCAGGUCUUCUCGCUGUCCUCAAGCAAUGCCUUGCGCCUGGCCACGCCCCAGGUGGUAAAGCCCAGCAAGGCGCAGCUGCUGAAGGGUGUCCACGGAGAAGAAGAUCUGCUGCUGAAGCUUUGGGAGGCCAAGGCGCAGUUGGACGAGCUGUGGAACAAGCCCCCGCCACCCAAGGCACGCUCCGUCAUGCAAAGGGUGGCCCGGGAUCAGCUCUUCCCGCACUCUGGGAAGGAGGGCAAAGACCAUGAGAACCGGGCAGGCGAGAAGCUGGAGGAGCUGGUGUCUGCCAGCGGGCUGCUGGAGGAUCUGCCGGAAGGGUGCCUCUUCCUGGACCUCUGCGGGGGCCCAGGGGCCUGGUCCCAGUUUCUGCUGGCCAAAGGCCUCGCGGGCUUCGGGCUCACGCUGCGCAGCGGCCAGGGCACGGAGGAGGACUGGCAGGCGGAGCAGAAGGAUGACUGGUACCCAGACUUGAUGCAGCACCCCUCCUGGCAGGCGCUUUGGGGUGCGGAUGGCACGGGUGACCUUCUGAAGCCCGAGAACCUGCAGCACGCCACGCAGAUGCUCUGUGCCGCCAAGGGCGUGUUCCUCUGCGUGGCGGACGGCGGCUUCAGCGACAAGGCCAUCCCCCCGAAUCUGCUGGAGCUCUACUUCUACCGCCUGCUCCUGGCAGAGCUGUUGCUGGCUACCAGCUGCCUGCUGCCGGGGGGGCGCUUCAUCUGCAAGCUCUACAGCUCCUUCUCCAGCGCCACCUCGGCCUUGCUCUACCUCACCACCCGCCUGUUCCAGGAGGUGCGCGUGGUGAAGCCCAUGGCCUCGCGCGUGGCGGGCCCAGAGAGGUAUUUGGUGGCCUUCGGCUUCCGGCCCAACCAGGAGACGGGGCCCAUCCGCCGUGCCCUUUGGGACUGCCAGGUCCUAGGCGCGGGGCAGAGCCCUUUGCAGCUGCCUUUGCUCAGUCCCCUUGUGGCGCCUGAAGACAUGGAAGCGGACGACGAGUUUCUGCCGAAGCUGCGAGCGAUGGUGGCCACGCUGGGCGGCCGUCAGGAGGCCGCGCUUCGCGCCAUCCGCUGCAGGGCCGAGCAGCUGGAGGAUAUGGCCCUGGAGGUGGCCGAAGAGGCCCAAAACCACUCAGGCCAUUGGGCCGAGGCGGCCAGGCGUCAACGUGAGGCCCACGAGACGGAGUACGAGAGGCGACCGAAGGCACAUGACAACCGCCUUCCCGUGAUCCGACGCAACCGAAUCCCAAAGUGCACCACUUGGAACUAG